UGACACAUCGCUACUAGGAGAGCCACAGUGCGGCAGGAAAACCGCACCACGGCACCAAAGGAUAAAACAGAGGAGGGAUAUGCCAAACACAUAGGUUUAUCCAUACAAGAAUACAUGGACAUGAAAGGGAGAAGCCGUCUGCUUCCAAAGAACUCUAAAAAAAUGGAAAUAUGUCUGUUUCCAUUCCAGCUGAAGAGCAGUUUUUCCCUCUGAAAUCCAAGGAAACCUUCCCAGCCUGGUCUGACGGACGAAGCCCCAUUUCAACUGGUAGACAGACAGACAGCAGGAUGGAUGGAAAACACCAAGAGUAGCGACUCAUUGUGUCAACGAGACUGAAUAAGACGAAAAACCUGCAGCAGAUCUAGCUUUUUAUGACUGAAAGGACCUGUGAAUAGUCUGCGUUGUUUUUUUUCCUAAGGAAUUCCAGUAGUGGGAUGCUUUCCUGUUGUGUUGCCUCAUAAGGGUUCAAGGCUACAAUUCAGGGAGAGAAAUAUGGGUGAAGUUCAGGACGUCAGGGACAAGAAGACCUCCGGAGCUCCAUCAAUUAGGUCUUUUGAGCACUAUGACUUCUCCAGAGCCAAAAUCUGUUGCAGCCUCACAUGGCUUGUGGCCAAAGCAUAUGGGACAGAUAGCAUCCCAGCAGACUUAAAGGACCCCUUCUACACAGACCAGUAUGAGCAGGAGCAUCUGAAGCCUCCCGUGGCCAGCCUCCUGCUCUCCGCAGACCUGUACUGCAGGGCCGGCAGCCUCGUCCUGAAGAGUGACACAGCCAAACCCCUGCUGGGCCACGAUGCCGUCAUUCAGGCGCUGGCUCAGCGUGGACUCUACGUCACCGACCAGGAGAGGCUGGUCACCGAGAGGGACCUUCGAAAGAGGCCUCUGCAAAUGAGUGCUCACCUGGCAAUGAUCGACACUCUGAUGAUGGCGUACACAGUGGAGACGGUGAGCGUUGAGAAGGUGAUGGCCUGCAUUCGUCAGUAUUCGUCCCGCGACCCUGAGGUGGAAACACCUUAUGACACAGAGGAUGCAGUAACCACCUGGAUCAACAAGGUAAAUGAGUAUCUGAAAGACGUGGUGGCUCAGGAGCAGAGGAAGAGGGAGACGCAGAGCGCCGAGCCGGCUGGAAGUCCUCGGUCUCCAACCAAGUGGUACAUGAAGCUUGUGCCCGCUCGCUACAGGAAGGAGCAGGCCUCCACCCAGCUGGUCCCCUGGAUCCCCCCAGUGGACAACCUGCUGAAAGACAGCACGGACGGCUCGGCCCUGGGUGCUCUGCUGCACUUCUACUGCCCUCAGCUGCUGUCACUGGACGAUGUCUGUCUAAAGGAGAACAUGACGCUGGCUGACCGGCUAUACAACCUGCAGCUCAUACAGGACUUCUGCAAAGACAACCUGAACAACUGCUGCCACUUCAGCCUGGAGGACAUGCUCUACGCCUCCUCCACCGUCAAGAAUAACUACCUGGUGUUCAUGGCAGAGCUGUUCGGGUGGUUCGAGGUGGUCAAGCCGUCUUUUGUGAAACCAAGACUGCUGGAGGAAGAAGUAGGAAGUAGUGAGCCCUCAUCCUUGUUGAAGAAUAUUUCAGCCAUCCCCAUCUCCAAGGUAACCAAGAGGAGCUUCAUGGAAAGACCCCCAAGUCCUGAAAGACCGAGUUUACCCCUUCGACCCCAGCCUCGAAACUCAGGAGAGAUCAAGAGGUCAGCCUCGAUGUCCUUUGUCGACGGCAACCUCGGCACCUGGCCCAAAGAAAAACGGUCUGGGCCUUACGGCGUGUCUUUUGACAUCCCCUUUGACAAAGAGGACUCUGGAACCGCCGGUCUUUCCUCCACGCGUGGCAUGGUCAGGUCCGUCAGCACUGAUGAUGGUUCUGGUUUCAAGGUCCACCACCUGCCCCGUGGAAUGAAGCGUAACCUGUCCUUCCAGCCGGUGAACGGUCAGAGUGUCGGCAUUGAGGAGGAGGGCUGCCCAGACAGCCUGGCUGAUGUGGAGCCCGACAAGCCAGCGUGCCCCAAUGGACAUGGAGCUGUCAUGGCAACGCCUCCCUCCAUGGAGGAAGCCCUACAGAUUAUCCACAGCCCAAGUAGGCUCCCAGCAGAGGGGAUAAACAACGGCUUCUUCCUGCACACUCAGGACCGCGGGGCUGUUGUUGGUGUCUUGGAGCCGGUGUCAGAGUCGGACUCCAAAGGGCUUCUGAGCAACACGGACACCGGCGAGGUGGACACCGGCAUCCAUAUCCACUCAGAAGACAUGCUGGAUGAGGAUUCCUCUCUGAAAGACUGCUCUGUGAACAUGGACCUGGAUAUGGACACGCCGAGCCCCUGCCCGAGCAGUCAGAGCAAAUCCCCCUCAGGGUUGAGGAUGACCAGUUUUGCUGAGCAGAAGAAGAAGAAGCAUACUCCAUCAUUGCCAGACUCAGGGAGGUGCAGCAGCAGCUCCCUCAAGACCACUCCUGAGGGCUCUGAACUCAGCCUCCCGUUAUCUGUCUCCUGGGCCCCGACCCCUGAGCACAGCCCUAUCCAUCAACAAACCACACCACCCCUCACAGCUCAAGCGUCGCCCACACCUUUACAACUUCCGCCCAAUGACCCUGCUCAGGUCAUGGCUACGGAGAUGGUAGAGCUGAGGAUGAGGCUGGAGGAGAAACGCAAAGCCAUCGAAGCACAGAAGAAGAAAGUGGAGGCUGCUUUUACGAGGCAUCGGCAAAAGAUGGGCCACUCUGCGUUUCUCAAUGUGGUCAAGAGAAAAGGCGACGGGGCUGCCAGUGGAGAGGAAGGAGGGAAAACAAGUCCCACCUUCAAAUUCGGGAGGAGCAAGGCAGACACACCUGACGGGGCGGAGCAAAGCAGCACAGCCUCCUGUUGGACAAAGUCACCUGGCGCAGGAGAGGACGGAGGUCAAAGCCACGCUCAGAUGACCGAGGUAGAUCUCACCGAGUAUACACGCUCUAUUGAGAAACUCAACCAUUCACUAGCCUUCCUUCAGACUGAGAUGCAGCGACUGGCUCAGCAGCAGGAGGUGAUUAUGGCCAUGAGGGAAAAACAACAUCAGCAGGCGUGGGUAAUCCCUCCUCCGCAUACAAACCCAUCACCACAAAAACGAGCCGGAGCCGUCACUCGAUCCUCGGGACCCUCCUCUCCUGCCGACUCCCCUCGCUCCACCCACCGCUCUCCGACCAGCAUCAAACGCAAAUCUGCCUCCUUUCACUCGCGUAAUCCUCGCACGGUUCGACCCAACGAGCUAAAGCUGGCCCCUUACAAUCGAGUCCUAACCGCCCCACAGUCUGUCGACAGCAUCCCCAGGCUACGGCGAUUUUCUCCCUGCCAGCCGUUGGUAAGUGCCUUCAUUUACAUGGGGGAGAAACUAGAAACCACCAAUCCAGAGACAGUAGCCUCAGAUGGGGAUAAAAACAAGGAGACAGAGUCGCUCCUUUCCCCAGAGAGGGAGAUUGCCAGUAUAUGUGUAGCCAACUCACCGCCCAGCUCCCCCAACCUGCAGAACAAAAGAGACCCAACAGAUUCAGUUCAGAAGCCAGUUCCAGAUCUGAAACCCACCAUAGAGUCGUCAUUUCCUGAGGUUCUGGCCCACCCCGUGGUGGAGACCUUCACGGUGACGCCUACAGAGAUUCCUCCCCAGCCAGAAGCCUCAGGCCCAGUCAAGAGCAGCUUGAUUGAGGUUCCUCUGUCAGUCCUGAAGCCACUGGAGGAUCUGACGCUUGAUGACAGUUUGGAGAUGCAGCAGGGCGACGUGGAAGGACCAGAUCACGACCAGAAGAUGUCUCGUGGUUUCUUCUUCAAGGCGGAUGGAAAGCCAGAGGAGACCAUGGCUCAGAAGAGGGCUGCACUGUUGGAGAAGAGGAUGAGGAGGGAGAAGGAGAGCCAGCAGAAGAAGAUGCAGCAGGAGCCUGAGUUGGACCAGAAGAAGGAGGAAGCUCGACUGAAAGCGGAGGAGGAACGCAUCAGGAAGGAUGAAGACAAGGCCAGGAGGGAGUUCAUCAAGCAGGAAUAUCUCAGGAGGAAGACGCUGAAACUGAUGGCGGACAUGGAUACCGUCAUUAAACCACGGCCAGUUGGUGGGGCCAAGCAGAGGCGGGGACGUCCCAAGUCCAUCCAUCGCGACAGCGUGGAAUCCCCCAAAACCCCUGUCAGAGCUGCCACAGGUUCACGCCAACGUGUCUUUUCAGUCUCCAGCUUGUCCCUUGCUUCCCUCAACCUGGGAGACAGCGACAGUGUUCAGUCUGAGAAGAGAUCGCCAAGGCCAGAUUCUGCAGAUGGCUUCCUGUCCCCGAGUCGCUCUAGCAGCAGGAAUGGAGAAAAGGACUGGGAAUGUGCAUCCACGACCUCCUCUGUUACAUCUAACACUGAGUACACUGGACCGAAGCUAUACAAGGAGCCCAGUGCCAAAUCCAACAAGCACAUCAUCCAGAACGCUCUGGCCCACUGCUGCAUGGCAGGCAAGGUCAAUGAGGGGCAAAAGAACAAGAUCCUGGAGGAAAUGGAGAAAUCAGAGGCCAACAACUUCUUGGUUUUGUUCCGAGAUGGCGGCUGCCAGUUCCGCUCCCUCUACACCUACUGCCCCGAGACGGAGGAGAGCAACAAGCUGACGGGCAUCGGCCCCAAGAUCAUCACACGCAAGAUGAUCGACGGCCUCUACAAGUACAACUCGGACAAGAAGCAGUUCAGUCAGAUACCAGCCAAGACCAUGUCGGCCAGCGUGGACGCGGUGACGAUCCACAGCCAUCUCUGGCAGACCAAGAAGCCAGCCACCCCUAAAAAAGUAGUGCCUGCCCAGUCCUAAUGGAACUUUAUACCCCACACAUCACCAUUCAAAUGGAACAUACCCAUUUCAAUUUGCACUUCACUGUACAUAUCCAUGAAGAUUCAAGCACCUGCAAUGCCAGUUAGAUGAAUGCAUAUUUGUCUUAUUUUUAUGUUUGUUCGUUUUUUCCUCUCAUUGCAUUCCUGUCCUCAUUUUUCCUCCUUAAUCCAGACUGGACAUGAUAGGACUCAAAGAUUAUGAACAACUGGAAUGUAUGCCACUGUUGAAGAAUGAUGUAAAUGCUUAUCACGUCUGUGUUUUUAGAGAUCGUCAUGUUUGAGUCAAAUUACGAAGGCAGGUGUGAGUGUUGUUUUUGUCUCCUAUGUGCCAAACGUCAAAAAAAGAGACGGUAUGAAUGCUCGGACAUUUUACUGAAGCACUGAAUGUUUUUAAUUCAUGUACAGAUUGAUUUUUGUUCCCAUUAUCCUGUUGGCAUGUGGCCUUAUGCGCGUUUUGUUUUAGCGUGUGAGUGCAAUGAGGCGAUUGUAAAACAGCGUAUGCAGAGGCGUUUUUUUUUUGUAAUUGGAAGAACACUUUUUUUCUUCAUCUCUGUGGGUAAAGCAGUUUGUAUAUUAAGGUACGUAAAACUACAAAAGGGCCAAAAAACUAAUUGCAUACAGCUAGCGUUACUCACACGGUACAUGUGUGUUCAGCUCGACAAAGCAAAGCGGUUUCAGCUUUUUCAGAACCCUUUUUUGAGAAAGUGAUUUUAAAGAAUGCAGGACGUUACUGUAGAUCACUGGUUCUCAACCUGUGGGUCGGGACACCUGCAGACCAUUUGAGCUAUAAUAUGUGGAAAAAAUAUAUUCCUAAUAUACAAAUAUGCUGUCAUGUUUGUAAUUGUUGUGUUAAAUUCCUUUUUCUCAUACUUUGCAGAAGUAGUUGCAACCUCAAGACAUACUCCGAGAAGUAAAAUUGACGGACAGUGAAAAUAAAAAUCAACUCUAAGUUAACUAUCUGGUUUGUUUUCACUCUGGGUUUACAAGGUCAGCCAAAAAGGGUUGAGAACCAGUGUUGUAAAUCACUCUGCUGCUGGUUCACAGCAGAUUUGUAAACAAAUAAGACAGUAUUAUUUUAUUUUUAUUGUUAAAUGCUGCCUACAGCACCAUGUAGGAUCUUUGCAUUAUUAACAUAAUGUAUGAUUACACUCUCACCCACUGGUAUCAGUAAUAUGAAUUCCAAGACAUAGACACCGAAGAAGUAUUUCUCUUUAUAUCAAUAUCAGGAUUUUGUGACAGUAUUAAAGGACCAGUGUGUAGGAUUUAGGGGGAUCUAUUGGUAGAAAUGGAAUAUAAUAUUUAUAACUAUGUUUUCAUUAGUUUAUAAUCACCUGAAACUAAGAAUUGUUGUGUUUUCGUCAGCUUAGAAUGAGCCCUUCAUAUCUACAUAGGAAUCCGCCAUGUUUCUACAGUAGCCCAGAAUGGACAAACCAAACACUGGCUAUAGAGAGAGCAUUUUGCGUUCUUACAUUACCUGAAAGUCACCGUAGUUCUCCAACAUUCUUGUGAAACCGCGGUAAUAUGAGAUACGAAGUGCAAAACUGUGGCUAUGCCAGCAGCGGUUUAAAUUUCGUUGCUCCUAAAGUAGGCGAGGCGAAGGUCCUGGAAGAUAGUACGGUGUUAGCUCGGUUUUACACUCACAUUACUGCAGUCUUGGAAAGCGGAGGGGUAUUCAGUUGGUUGCAAUCUGCAACCACACCACUAGAUGCCGCCAAAUCCUACACACUGUCCCUUUAAAUUCUUCAGAUUCACACUGAGCUUACUUAUCUUAAAAAGUCUGCACUUAUGAUACUCUGACGCACUUUUGGUAAAAGCAUCCACCAAACACCAAACGUAGUAAACAUAGUGCAUAUACAAAGUUUAGAUUGCUGAUUAGUUAAAAAUCAAUCGCUCUGUUAUUUUAAAAAGCCAGCAAGUAUUGCCUGAUUCAUUCAAAUGGCCACACUGUUACUAUGGCGUCAUUUUCAACAUGUCCGUGCAUCUUACAUAACACAAAUGUGUGUUGACCCAAACUAAGUAUUAUGUGCAGCAUAUUUGUCUGUUGCCUAUAGAUGUAACAUGUACUAAAUAGGCCAGAAAUAUUGUAAUUUUGUUAGAUUUCUUUUAUUUGUUUCUAUUAUUAGGAGAAUGAAUUUCACAAAAUAAUGCAAGGCAGGGUAGGGCAGAUCCUUGUUACGGGUAGAAACUCGCCACAGAGUUUCAUUGGUGUCAGUAUCAUGUUCCUUUUGCCACCGAGUGUCAAAUCAACACCAUUUGCAGGUACGGUUUCUAACAAAAAUACAUCUGCUAACAUGUUGUUUUCAACUGGAGGGAUAUUUAUGACCUAAUGAGAGCAUGUACAUGUCUUUGAAAAUGUAAUCUAGUAUGAUGGAGUGUUUCUUUGUUUUUUGGAAGGAUUUGUCCACAGAAGCUCUGUCCACCUGCUUAUGGCUGUUUAAGGCCAAGGUAAAUGGUUAUUUAAACUGUAACAAUAUUGUACAGUGUGUUCAUGUGAGCUCAUACCUAUUCACUAUGAUGACUUUGUUUUGUUUGUCAGACGCUGUGCUGUCAUUCGACAUAUUGCUGAACAUGUAGUUUCAUUUUUUUUUUUCUUUUUUGGCAUUCAAUAAAACUAAGCAUGGCCUCAGCAA